AUGCUUGCCGAGGCAGUAGCGCAAGGACUUCACGCAUCUAUGCUUCAAAUCUGGGGUAGAGGCUUAGGUGACUUGGUGCCAAAAAAACGACUGAACGCCGACAACAAUGACCUGCAGCCAGACAAGAUGCUGGUACCACGAGACUUGGAUUUGCGACCAAUGCUGACAAUUGCUGCAGAUCAGGAUGGACUGCCAUUCAAGAUGGUCUACACGUUGUGUCAUUCUGGAAUCAGGAUUUUUAUCCAACCGGAAAACACACAUUCGCUGUGGAAUGACACCAAAAACUCAAUUCGUCGGGCAGGAUUGCAGCACUGUUUGUUGUUAGCUUCUGUAUUGUCAAAUUGUGCCCAUGGCCCAUUUGGGUCUGGACGCAACCAGCAGACAAUCCAAGAGUCGGCAACCAGCUUGUCGCAGAGCAUGUCCAGUGACCAGUUCGAGGAUCUCCUAGAUUGCAUGGUGAUGGAUCGGCGUCUUUCUGAUGUGGAUCUUGAUGACCCAGAUUUACCACAUGACAAACAUGAUUUGCCCAAUAUGUCUUGCGUACGGAACCUUCCAGUUUUUGUCAAAACAAAGAGUUGGUUUGCAUCAGUGGCAGUCAUGGAUCAUUUGUGCGACAACUGGUCGUUGAUGGGCUAUCUUCUCGACCAUGUCUUGGACAUUGACACUGCAAACGGCGAUGGACCAUGGAGGGAUCAGGUUGCCCAGAACGAAUUUCACCAUAGCCAAGAGACCGACAAUGACGAAUCUGGCGAUGAUGAAGGAGCAGACAAUGUGCCUGACAGUCCUGGAGUAGCCGCAGGGCGCCAACGGGUGGCCAGGGAAAAACCUACUUCCAAAAAAGAACUGGCUUCAUUGAGGGAACGCUUUCAGAACACCCUCCAUUUGUGUGCUCAUUUGUACCGGGACCUUUCCCUGAGAGACGACCUCAGAAUGGUGGUUAAUGCUGUGAGGCCUUACUUAGCGGAGUACAGCACUGUUUUGUCAGCACUGAAGGAGUCGCAGGAGUCAUCAUGUCGUUGGCAAGCACAUCGAUCAGCGGGUGAAUGGUUUGGUUCCAUACUUCAGUCUGUUGGGACCAUACAUGAUGCUGGUAUACUGUCGAAAUUCAUUUCUUGUGAUUCGUCAGAAUCCUUGGGGGAAGCCACUGUUAAUGACGACGAACCAUGGUUGAAAGAGGAACAGACCAGACUGAGAGAUUACUUUACCUUGUUGGUCGAACUUGCCAGCGCACGGGUGUGGAGUCAAAUGGUCUUUGCAACCUGUCCCCCCUACUCUGUUGUAGCCGUCCUCCAUGAUGACCAUGACACCGGCCAGCACGUGCUGAACCGAUGCUGCAACACCUGGAGAGCUAUCGUUGCAGCUGAGAACGCAGUGAAACCAGGUUGCCAGGGCGAGGGUUUGAGCAAACCCAUGAAAAAAGCAAUCUCUGACAGGUUGGUGGAUGUGUCAUUUCAAACGUUUCAAAUUACUAGAGAAGUCAUGGCCCUUUGCGAAGCUUGUCAAUGGAACAUGGAGCAUGAAGAGAUCCAGAAACUUGCUUAUCGAAUGUUUGGUGGCCCAUGUGAAACGAAAUUCAGCUUGGAAGAUCUGUUUGCACAUCUUGUUUCGGUGGGCAAACUUGCGAGUCUGGCAACACCUAUGAACAAGUGGACGAGAUAUUUCUAUUGCACGACAAUGCAGUCUUUGACUCAAGAGUCUGGGUUUGGAUGGCCACAUUUGGCUACCACAUAUGAAGAUCAUCUCGACAAAGGGUUGAUUGAUACUGGAAAAUCAAAGAAUCCUGAUGACAUCACAGGAAAGGCAUUCCACAUCAACCAGUUUCCAUUGCCACCGGACAUACGAAACAGGAUGAUUUCUAGCGUGAGGGAUUCGAAGGAUGAUGUCAAAAAGGCUGGCACACUAUCCAAUCAGCGGGCUGCUGCAGCAAGUGCCUGGUUGCUGGGCAAUGCACGAACAGAGUUCAGAUCCGCUACCAUGGCUUGGACAGGCGUCUUCCUGAUGAAACAUCACUGCUACGUCAACUCUCGCAGUGACAGAGUCCUGAUGUCUCUUGGGUUCAGAACAUGUGCUGCGCUCGGGCUGCGUAUGGUGAAGCACAUAGUGCAGGAGGAUGUUUAUUACACAGUGGAUACAAACCCUGGGAAUCUGCCUGUUUGGAUGUUCAAUGACCGAGUGGAAGUUACAGAGACAACUACGGGCUGGUUGCACUUACCUGUGGAGUUGCAGCACCCACUACAAACACCCGAUUCACUCAAAUGUUUUGCCGUUGUACUUCGUCAAACUGGACCACCAGAGCAAGUUGUUGCAGCUGCAAUCAAGAAUGGGUGUUACGUCACGCUUGCCCAAAUCAGGUCUUUGCAUGCGACUUACAAGUUCCCGAUGGUUUCCAAACCACAUGGCUCUGGGAAAAAUGGAAAUGUAGUGAAGAAGGAUUGGGCAUUGGCACUUAUCAGGUUCUUCCAUAGUAAAGCCAGCGAAAAAGAACAAAAUGAAAUGCUCAGGGGCAUUAUGGGAAAGAAUUGGCGUCACCUUCAGGCAGAAAAGGUGUCACGACACUCGUCUGACAUUUUGAAAGCGUUCAAUGGCAUGGAUUAUGAAAACCAACCAGAAUGGGUUGACUUGGUGGCAGUGGCCGCCGACGAAGAGAUUUUGAAAGACAAACGAAACCAGGCCCCACGACCGACCGACAUCACCAAAUCAGAGCAAAAGUAUGUCACCCCAGGAUCCCUGAAAGUUUUACAGCCCAAAGAAGCAAAUUGCAGAAUCACUCGUCAUCCCCAGUUGAAGAGGUAUCAGGCAUUUUACAAUGCACCCGACAAAGGGAAUCCAAGUACUUUAUCUGCAAAACAAUUGAUCGUUUUUUAUUUUUCAUGA